AUUUCACGGGCCUCGGAUGUUUAUGUCAACGUGCCCAUUACAAUUUUCACGCUUUCCAACAUUUUCUUAUCAAUUUUUAUGAAACCAAAGUGAAAAUUUCCUCCUAGAAUUUGUGCAGUGAACUUCAGGAUGGCUGAUUUUGAUCUUACCUAUGUCCUCGGACAGUAUCUUGAUAGGCAUUUGGUCUUUCCAUUGCUGGAAUUCCUUCCCGGCAAAGAGAUUUACGGUGAAAUGGAGCUUCAGCAAGCGAAAUUGGAUCUACUUAACAAAACCAACAUGGUUGAUUAUGCCAUCGAUAUAUUUGAGAAAAUUCACCCAAAUCAACCACAUCCAGAGAACUUGCGAGAAAGAAGAGCUGAGGUUCUAAGAACUUUGCAAAAUCUAACACAGGAUGCAUCUGUUGUUCUUGGAAUUUUGAAUAACGAACAAGUCAUGAGCAACAUGGAAACAAUGAGAGAACCAAAAGCAUUAUGCAACUAUCUUACUAAAGAAUUCAAUUUUCAACUUGGUAUGAUGGAUAGUAUGUAUAAAUUGGCUAAAUUCAGCUAUGAUUGUGGUAACUACUCUAUGGCUUCAAGUUACCUGUAUUUUUACCUCCUGGUGAUGCAGCCCUCAGACAAGAAUUACUUGAGUGUUCUUUGGGGGAAGCUGGCCAGUGAAAUUCUUUGCCAGCAUUGGGAUACAGCUCUUGAAGAUUUGAAUAAGUUGCGAGACUUCAUCGAUAACAACAGCUUCAGCUCUCCUUUACAGCUUCUCCAACAGCGCACGUGGUUGAUCCAUUGGUCGUUGUUUGUAUUUUUUAAUCACAUCAAAGGUCGGGACUUGAUCAUCGAAAUGUUCCUGUACAAACCUCAUUAUUUGAACGCAAUCCAGACUAUGUGCCCUCACAUUCUUCGGUAUCUAGCUACAGCAGUUAUUAUCAACAGGUCGAAACGGAACAUCCUCAAGGAUUUGGUCAAAGUUAUUCAACAGGAAUCGUACACGUACAAAGACCCUAUAACAGAGUUUAUCGAGCAUUUGUACGUCAACUUUGAUUUCGAAGGAGCCAGGCAAAAACUGUUUGAGUGUCAGACCGUGUUACAUAAUGAUUUCUUCCUAAUUGCAUGUCGGGAUGAAUUUGUUGAAAAUGCAAGGCUCAUGAUCUUCGAGACAUUCUGUCGCAUUCAUCAGUGUAUCAGUAUACAGAUGAUAGCGGAAAAAUUGAAUAUGAAACCAGAAGAUGCUGAAUGUUGGAUAGUGAACCUGAUACGUAACGCAAGACUAGACGCCAAAAUAGAUUCAAAAUUAGGGCAUGUGGUGAUGGGAACUCAGCCUCUCUCACCGUAUCAACAACUUCUGGAAAAAAUUGAUACUCUCUCCGUUCGAUCCGAAGCGCUGCAAGCUAUUAUAGAAAGGAAAAUCAAAGCUAAAGGAACUGAUUCAAAUCGUUGGAGUGGACAAGACUUUUAAGUUUAUGUAAAAAAAUAAUCAAUAUAAUCUUAAUGUUUUGUACGGAUAAAUACAGUGACUUUUAUGUAAUUAUUA